AUGUUUUCAACCACUGGUCUUUUCAAAGGCAUACCAUGUCCUGAAGGCGAGAGGUGCAACAUAAUCCACUGCAUCUUCUCCCAUGAGUUAAGACCUCAGGCCGUUGCUGUCUCUGAUCAGGGUGCAAGCAAAAAGAGAAAACUGUCUGAAGAAACUGACACAAAAGCGCCUGUCACUGCUGUCACCAUCUCAGCGGGCAACACAACCAAUCGCCCUGCGACCAAUGGAUUCACUACCAUAAACCCACAGAGACUUGCGACAACGGCCUCAGUACCGCCUAAGAUCCCUAAGACUCUACAGAGACCAGUGAGCCCGCCUCCUAAGCCACCCGUCGCCUCGUCAAAACCAAUUCCUACAAAAUCUGCUGCCAAAGAAUCUCUUAAUCCUCGAAUGAUUCCUAAUGACCCUGCUGGACAUGCGAAACGAACUUUGUUCCUCAAGCAUCUCCAUACUCAAAUGGAACGCUUGAACGACGAAGUAGCCAAGAGUUCGCAUGCAAAGAAGGCGAGUCUGACUAUGACACCUGAUGAGUUAAUCAGGGUUGCUUUGGAUGAAGAGGAAAAGACGGCGCGAGAGAACCACAAGAUCUACGCCAACGUCAUCAAAAUGCGUGUUGCAGCCCUCAAAAAGAUGACCGUAGACGAAUGGAUUGCUCACGUAAUCGCAACCAUCCGAGUCGACCUGCAGGAAACCCAAGCCAAGCUGCCACCUCCUAUUGACACCGGAUUGCCUCUGGAUCAGGAGCACACCGUACUUCCUCAUCUGAUCACCGAUCAGACCAAUCUGGCAAAGCACGGCUAUGUGCCUACACCACCAACUGAUGAAGAGAUCGCCGAGGCCAAAGCUGGCGUGACGGCCUCUCUCAAUUACGAGGUAUGCGAUCGUUGUAAAUCUCGCUUCAGAGUUUUCGAAGAGCGCAGAGAGGAAGACGGUGCCCUGACAACAAACGGACCAUGCACAUACCAUUGGGCUAAGCCAUUCACACCUCGUCGUGAGAAGACGGACGCCAUCAAAGGUCCAAAGGAGGCUAUAUACCCCUGUUGUCAAGAACCUCAAGGCACCCCAGGUUGUACGCAAUGCGAGACGCAUGUCUUUAAAGUCAGCGAAGGCAAGAGACUGGCAUCUAUCCUACCUUUUAUACAUACACCAGAGAACCCCAAACCUGCUAAAGGACCUGAUGGUAAGUCACCGAAUGCUGUCACUUUUGAUUGCGAGAUGGGCUACACUGUCUUCGGCCUCGAGCUUAUCCGCCUGACCGCUGUCUCUUGGCCUGAAGGUCAUUCUCUGAUUGAUGUCCUUGUUCGUCCGCAAGGCACCAUCCUCGAUCUCAACACCCGCUGGUCGGGUGUGACGCCGGAAAUGUACAGUUCUGCCGUUCCAUACGAGGAAAAGAUGGCCAUGGAUGCGCUUUUACCACCUCCACCACCUGGCAAAGCUACCUCUCUUCCCCUCGAUAGUCCUGCCAACGGUCCACUACCCAUUGUCUCAGGCCCCGCCGCCGCGAGGGACCUCCUAUGCUCUUUUCUCACGCCUAACACUCCCCUCAUCGGUCAUGGUAUCGAAAACGAUCUUAACGUCACUCGACUGUGUCACCCAACCAUCAUCGACACUAUUAUCCUAUUCCCCCAUCCUCGUGGUCUGCCCUUCCGCUUUGGCCUCAAGAUGCUUACCAAACGCCACCUCGGUCAUGACAUCCAGAUGGGUGGAGCCUCUGGCCACGAUUCUCUCGAAGACGCACGCGCCACUGGCGAUUUGGUUCGCUUUGCAGUCGGACAGAGGUUUAAGAGACUGCACAGGGAGGGAUGGAUGUUGAACGAUGGUGUUCUCAUGCCACCUCUUCCUGGUGGUCCACCUCCUAUGGAAGAAACAAAGGCUCUGGGCGCUGGAUCAGGGGUCAAGAGACAGAGAAUCGAGGUCGAGCAGCAAGGUCCAACCAAGAAACUUAGGGAGUGA